UUGCAACCAACAGGUGGCAGAAACAGGAAAAAGAAUAGCGUCCCAGAGAAAGAGAAGAAGAAAUAUACCGAAGCAGCGACAGCAACUGCUGGAGAGGAAGCGGAAACGGAAGUAGAAGUAGAAAACAUGGCGGUGCCGGAGUUUCUCAGUACAGCAGAAUUGCUAAAACAAGGAGCAGAAGCGCGGGUUUACCGGGCACAGUUUCUCGGAAAGCCCGCUAUAGUUAAAGAACGUUUCCCGAAACGAUACCGACACUCUGUUCUGGAUGAGAAACUGACGCACCGCAGAACGGUCCAGGAGGUUCGAUCCAUACUUCGCUGCCGUAAAGCAGGUAUACCAGCCCCUGUUGUCUACUUUGUGGACUACACAUCCAACUGUAUUUUCAUGGAGGAAAUCCUGCGUUCAACCACUGUGCGCGACCACAUCGUUGGUGCUCAGCAGUCGGACGCCGGCAACGACGUGGAGCUGCGGCUGCUAGCUCAACGCGUGGGUCAGACGUUGGCCAAAAUGCAUGACGAGGACGUCAUCCACGGAGACCUGACCACCUCCAACAUGCUGCUGAGACGAGGCCCUCAGGAUAAAGAGUCUGAGCUGGUUCUCAUUGACUUUGGGUUGAGUUACAUCUCUGCUCUCCCAGAAGAUAAAGGAGUGGAUCUGUAUGUUCUGGAGAAAGCUUUUCUCAGCACACACCCCAACACGGAGCUUGUUUUUGAGGAGCUUCUGAAGAGCUACGCGGCCUCCUCUAAGAGAUCACCGGCUGUAAUCAAGAAGCUGGAGGAGGUUCGGUUGAGGGGCAGGAAGAGGUCCAUGGUGGGAUGAUGAUCGAACAUGGACUGAUUCAGUGUAAUGACCUCCAUUUGACCUGGAAGCUGUUUUUGUGAUGUGACAACAAAUAAAAUAUUUUGUGGAUAGAUCUA